AUGGGCAAUUCGAACAGCUCGCGGAAGAUCUCCGCACAGGAUAAAGCGAUCCUAGAUAUGAAGAACCAGCGCGAUAAGCUGCAUCAAUACCAGAAGCGCAUCACCGUCCUCACAGACCGCGAGAAAGAAAUCGCAAAGGAGUGCUUGAGUAAAGGCGACACAACCCGGGCCAAACUCGCAUUGCGACGCAAGAAGUACCAGGAGUCGCUGCUUGCGAAGACGGAUGCGCAACUGGCGCAGCUGGAGCAGCUGACGAGCGAUGUCGAGUUCGCGCUGAUACAAAAAGAUGUGCUGUACGGACUACAGCAAGGAACCGCGGUGCUGAAGGAGAUUCACAAGGAAAUGGGUGGCAUCGAGAACGUGGAGAAGCUGCUUGGAGAGAGUGAAGAGGCACGCGCAUACCAAGAGGAGAUCAGCGAGCUUCUAGCGAACAAGAUGUCAAACCAGGACGAAGACGAAGUCGAGGACGAACUGGAACAGCUGGAGCGUGAGGUCAACGGCAUCCAAAACGACGUCCCAGUGCUGCCCGAUGCGCCUGUCGCGCAGCCCGAGCUCACCCCCGAACAGAAAGCGAAGGCACAGCGAGAGAGAAGGGCACGGGAAAGAGAGCAGCAAGCAGCUGAGGAGACUCGGCAGCCUGUUGCGGCAUAG